AUGAUUAUCGUUUGCAAAGACGGACAGCAGAUUUCCAAGCUUGAAAAAAAGCUUCAGCAGCGUUUUGAGAUUUCCUCUCUCGGAGAGGUGAGUCAAUUUCUUGGCAUCAAAGUGACGAAGAAUAAGCGUGGCAUGUAUUCGCUUAGUCAGAGGAGUUUUAUAAAAGAAGUUGCGGAACGAUUUGGUCUCGAUGGUGCGAAGACGUCUAAGUAUCCACUGAAUCCCGGAUAUUUCAGACAGCAGGAAGGUGACGCAUUGGCUGACAACGUACAAUAUCACAGCCUCGUCGGUGCGCUAUUGUACAUAGCAAUGAAUUCAAGACCGGAUAUAGCAGCAGCAAUAUCAAUUCUCAGCAGAAGGACCAACCAGUCGGCGCAACGUGAUUGGGUUGAAUUGAAACGAGUGGUGCGCUAUCUUGUGGCCACCGAGGAUCAUCAGCUAAGCUUGAGCAGUGACCGAACGAAGGACCUCGUGUUGAUCGGGUACAGCGAUGCUGACUGGGCUGGAGACUCAACUAAUCGGAAAUCUACCAGUGGUUUCUUAUUCCAGAUCGGCGAAGCGAGCGUAAGUUAG